AUGCAAGUUUCCCAGAAUUGAAGGGCGGCAGUGUGACCACUGUACUUCUGGGUACUACAAGUUCCCUGAGUGCCGGCCCUGCAGCUGCAACCAUGCUGGGACUGAGCCGGAAGUGUGUGACAAGGAAACCGGGGCUUGCUUGUGUAAGGAUAAUGUAGAAGGUGCACAGUGUGACAAGUGUCAAGAAACAUCAUUCAAUUUAGAUGCAGCCAAUCCCCUGGGCUGUAGUGAUUGCUUCUGUUUUGGAGUGACUGGUUUUUGUAGCCAGACAAAGAAAGUCCAUAUUAAGUUUAAGGAUGUGAAGGGCUGGCGCCUGGAGACAGCAGACGGUGUCGACAUCCCCGUCACUUACAACCUGCAUAGCUUCAGUGUGGAUGCAGACAUCGAAGAGCUGCCCUCAACGGUCAGCAGUUUGUCAUGGGUUGCACCUCCAACCUACCUGGGGGACAAGCUUUGCCACCGGCUGUGUCGUGAAUGGUGGAGACGUGCGGUGCACCUGCAAGCCUGGAUACACGGGGACGAGAUGCGAGAGGUGUGCACCAGGGUAUUUUGGGAAUCCCCAGAGGUUUGGAGGUAGCUGCCAACCAUGCAAUUGUAAUGGCAAUGGCCAGUUGGGUACCUGUGACCCCCUAACCGGAGACUGCAUAAGCCAAGAACCCAAAGACAGCAUUCCUGCAGAAGAAUGUGAUGAUUGUGACAGCUGUGUGAUGACACUCCUGAAUGAUCUGGCCAGCAUGGGUGAAGAGCUCCUCUUGGUCAAGUCUCAACUGCAGGACCUGAGUGCCAGCUCAGGCGCUUUGGAACAGAUUCGAUACAUGGAAACCCAGGCCAAGGACCUGAGGAAAUUAGUCCAGCUCUCAACAACCUGCAGCAAACCUUGAAUAUCAUAAAGGUUCAGAAAGAACUGAUAGACACCAACCUCACCUCUGUCCACGAUGAUCUUCGUGGGAUACAGAGAGGCGACAUUGACAGUACAAUCAAUGGUGCAAAGAGCAUGAUCAGAAAGGCCAACGAUAUCACAAGUGUGGUCCUGGAUGGACUCAGCCCCGUUCAGACAGAACUGGAAAGGAUUAAGGAUGACUAUGGCAGUGCACGAAAUGAAGACUUCAACAAGGCUUUGACUGAUGCAGACAAGUCAGGCCUCCAGUGAUUAUAUUGGCAUGGCAGUUGUGGACGGCCAGCUCACCUGUGUCUACAACCUGGGCGAGCGAGUGGCUGAACUCCAGGUGGACCAGAUCUUGACCGAGAGUGAGACACGAGAGGCAGUUAUGGACCGAGUGAAGUUUCAGAGAAUUUAUCAGUUUGCAAGGCUUAAUUAUACCAAAGAAGCCACCUCCGCUAGACCCAAAGCACCCCAGUUUCAUGACAUGGAUAGUGGAAGCAGCAACACACUUCUUAACCUGGAUCCUGAAAAUGUUGUGUUUUAUGUUGGAGGUUAUCCACCUGAUUUUCAACUUCCAAGUAGACUAAGAUUCCCUCCAUACAAAGGUUGUAUUGAAUUAGAUGACCUCAAUGAGAAUGUUGUGAGCUUGUAUAACUUCAAAAAAACUUUCAAUCUCAACACAACCGAAGUGGAACCUUGCAGACGGAUCACUUCAUAUCCUUAAAUAUAGAAGAUGGCAGUCUCAUGGUCCGAUACAAACUGGACUCACAGCCACCGAAAGAGAAAGGAAUUAGAGGCACCAUCAACAACGGGAAAGAUCAUUUGAUUCUAAUCAAAAUUGGAAAACAACAGAAACUUAUGAGAAUAAAUGUGGGUGAUCAGAAUAUUAGAAUUGAAGGGGAAAUAUUUGAUUUCAGCACGUAUUAUCUGGGCGGAAUUCCAAUUGCAAUUAGGGAAAGGUUUAAUAUUUCUACACCUGCUUUCCGAGGCUGCAUGAAAAAUCUGAAGAAGACCAGCGGUGUUGUGAGGCUGAAUGACACCGUGGGAGUGAGCAAAAAAUGCUCCGAAGAUUGGCAGCUUGUGCGAUCUGCCUCAUUCUCCAGAGGGGGACAGUUGAGUUUCACUAAUCUGGACCUGCCGUCGCCCGGCCACUUCCAGGCCUCCUUUGGCUUUCAGACCUAUCAACCCAGCGGUGUGUUACUAAAUCAUCAGACGCGGACAAGUAGUCUGCAGGUCACUCUGGAAGAUGGUCACAUUGAACUGAGCACCAAGGACAGCACCAGCCCAAUUUUUAAGUCUCCUCAGACGUACAUGGAUGGUUUGCUGCAUUACGUAUCUGUAAUAAGUGACAACGCAGGCCUCCCGCUUCUCCUGGAUGACCAGCCCCUCCGGAGGAUCCAGAGGCUACAGGGCAUUUCCAGUUCUGCGCAGUCUCUCCGCCUGGGUGGGAGCUCUUUUGAGGGUUGUAUCAGCAAUGUUUUCAUCGAGAGGUUUCUGGAGAGCCCUGAAGUCUUAGAUUUUGCCAGUAAAUCUACCAAGAGAGAUGUGUCUGUAGGAGGCUGCAGUCUGAACAAACCUCCUUUCCUAAUGUUACUUAAAGGGUCCACGAAGUUUAACAAGGCCCGGACCUUCGAUAUCAACAGAAUGUUGGGGGAUGCACCAGCGACCUCCCCCAGGAGCAUGGAAGUGUGGCAAGAUGCGAAGCUUUGCUCACCGCCAGUUGGGACGCAGAAUCACAGAGCCCUCCAGUUUGGGGACAGUCCCACCAGCCACUUGCUGUUCAAGCUUCCCCAGGAGUUGCUGAAGCCCAGGUCAGAGUUUUCUGUGGACAUACAAACAACCUCCUCGGGGGGCCUGGUGUUUUACACGGGGACCAAGAACUCCUUUAUGGCUCUUUACCUGUGGAAAGGACACCUGGUCUUUGCUUUGGGGGCAGAAGGGAAAAAGCUGAGGCUCAGAAGUAAAGAGACAUACAACGACGGCAAGUGGCACACGGUGGUGUUUGGGCACGAUGGUGGAAGGGGGCGCUUGCUUGUGGAUGGGCUGAAGGCCCAGGAGGGCAGUUUGCCUGGAAAUUCCACCAGCAGCCCCAGAGCACAGGUUUACCUGGGGUGGUCUCCAUCAGGGAAGCCAAAGAUCCUCCCCCAGAACAGCUUUGUGGGAUGCCUGAAGGACUUUCAGUUGGGUUUAAAAUCCUUGGAUUCCCCUUUUGCAAACGUUGGGGUGUCUCCUUGCUUGAAUGGCUCUUUGGAGAAAGGCAUUUAUUUCUCCCAAGGAGGAGGCCAUGUCAUCCUGGCUACCUCGGUGCUGUUGGAGCCAGAGUUCAAGCUUAUGUUCAGCAUUCGCCCAAGAAGUCUCACUGGGCUCCUGAUCCACAUUGGAAGUCAGGAAAGACAGCACUUAAGUGUUUACAUGGAGGCAGGAAAGGUCACAGCCUCAGUGGACAGCGGGGCAGGCAGGAUGUCGACGUCAGUGACACCAAAGCAGUCUCUGUGUGAUGGACAAUGGCACUCAGUGGCAGUCACCAUCAAACAACACAUCCUGCACCUGGAACUGGAUAAGGACAACAGCUACACAGCUGGGAAGCUCACCUUCCCACCCCAUAGCACCCAGGGGUUGCUACACAUUGGCGGUGUCCCAGCCAAUUUGAAGACACUGAACCUCCCAGUGUGGAGGUCAUUUUUUGGUUGUCUAAAGAAUAUUCAAGUCAAUCACAACCCUGUCCCUAUCUCCAAAGCGAUGGAAGUCCAGGGCAUUGUCAGUCUGAGUGGCUGCCCUGGCCACUAACCCCAAGCUACCACACUGUGGGAAAUUCACCUUCAGAAGCAUAGAGGACCCAACACUCCUCCCUCCACAACUCAAAGUCAUUCUUGACUCAAGACACCAUCACGUCAAGUCUACAGCAAAUCUAAUUUUGAAUUCUGACCAUGCUCAUAGACCCAUCAUUUUGGCAUUCAGUACUACAUAUUAUCGCAUACAAAAAUCUCACUUCUUGAAGAAGAUGAACAAAUUGUUAUUCAAAUGUGCACACAAUACCUUUGAUAAUAUUUGUCACUAAAAAUUGUGCCUUUAAAAGAACUUGUCAAAAAUAAAUUUCUUUUAGAGCACUUUAAGAAUAUGAAACUUUUACAUAUGUUAAAGGGUUGUAAUUUAUGAGGUUAAAUAAAAGCAGUGUACUUUUCAAAUUA